UCAGGAGGUACCAUAGUGGUUGUGCUAGAAUUCUGUCUAUUAAACCCAAAGCAUCGCAUCCUUUCGACGCGCCAAAUCUUAUCGAACAAUUGCAGUUGAUUGAGUGGGAACCACAAUUGUAGUUUCAAUGCGGCCGCAACGGGAAUAUCACAUUGUCGUGCUCGGCGCUGGUGGAGUGGGAAAGAGUUGUCUGACUGCUCAAUUCGUCCAAAAUGUAUGGAUUGAGAGCUAUGACCCGACCAUCGAGGAUUCAUACCGCAAACAGAUUGAGGUAGACGGGCGACAAUGCAUUUUAGAAAUUCUCGACACUGCAGGAACUGAACAGUUCACUGCCAUGAGGGAGUUAUACAUGAAACAGGGCCAAGGGUUUCUCCUUGUAUUUUCCAUUACGAGCAUGUCCUCGUUGAACGAGCUGUCUGAACUACGAGAACAGAUUAUCCGCAUCAAAGAUGACGAAAAAGUCCCCAUUGUCAUCGUGGGCAACAAAUCCGACCUGGAGGAAGACCGCGCGGUGCCCCGUGCUCGCGCUUUCGCCCUUUCCCAGAGCUGGGGCAACGCCCCUUAUUAUGAGACCUCGGCUCGCCGACGAGCUAAUGUCAACGAGGUCUUUAUUGACCUUUGCCGGCAGAUUAUCCGAAAGGACUUGCAAGGGAGCUCCAAGGGUCGCGAUGAACCCGAACGCAAGCGGGAGAAUACGAAUCGAUCCGAGCGCAAGCGCGAACGACGACCGAAGACGAAACGAAAAGGCCCUUGUGUGAUUCUAUAAGUUAACGAAUGCUAUACGUGAAGGAGAUGCAGGAUAACAACCACUCGUCUCACCAUAUUUUAAAGCGUAACCCACCAACACCUUAUCGACGCUGAUGUCGAGCCAUCAGCUCAACUAUACCGCUGCACAUAC